AUACUGUCAUUCCUUGUGCCUCAACAAAACAUUUGAGAGUUGUAAAUGGAAUCCCGACACAAACUAACGAAGGAUGGGUGGUUAGUUUGUCAUACAGGAAUAAACAUAUUUGUGGAGGUACUUUGAUAAAGGAAGAGUGGGUUUUAACAGCAAGGCAGUGUUUCCCUUCUCGGUACAAAGAUUUGAAAGAUUACAAAGCCUGGCUUGGAGUCCAUAAUAUCAAAGGAAAAGGAGAGGAGAAGCAUAAACAAGUUCUGAAUAUCUCCCAGUUGGUAUAUGGCCCUGCAGGGUCAGAUCUGGUCCUACUGAAACUUAGCAGACCUGCCAUAUUGACAAAUUUUGUAGAAAUAAUCCGACUACCCAUUUCUGGAUGUACCAUUCCAGAGAAGACCAGUUGCAGUGUUUAUGGAUGGGGAUACACUGGAUUAAUUAACUAUGAUGGCCUUCUCCGGGUAGCAAAUCUGUUUAUUUUGGGAAAUGAGAAAUGUAACCAGUAUCUCAAAGGAAAAAUCACCGUGAAUGAGUCCGAAAUCUGUGCUGUGGCUGAAACCAUUGGUGCUGGGCCUUGUGAGCGAGAUUACGGUGGUCCUUUGGUUUGUGAACAAAACAGGCUGAAGAUAGUAGUUGGUGUCAUUGUUCCUGGCCGUGGAUGUGCCAUUAGAAAUCGUCCUGGGAUUUUUGUUCGGGUCUCAUAUUACUCCCGCUGGAUACACAAGAUUACGAUGACCUACAGAAAAGCAUGAAAAAUAGCAACUUCCAUUUAAAGAAAGUUUUUGGACAGAUGGAAUUAAUGUGUAAUAUAAGGAUC